ACACACUACUACUUGUCGGGAAGUGGGAGUGGGAGAGUGUGGCAGGACAGACACCACGCUGGCUGCUGUCUGGCUGUCUGCUGCCGCCUCGCCCAUCACUCACGCUGACUCCACACUCCUUUCCACGCUCCUGAAGGAAGACACGAGAGGCAGUGCAUUAACCUGGAGUAACCAGCAGGUGUGUUGUGAGUGACCUGACCUAAUAGGGACGCUGUAGAGCCAAGACAUAAAAGAUGGUGGUUCGGCAGUACAACGAUGAACUGAGGUUCCUGGAGCGGCUGUCUCCCAGCUGCUGGCGUAUCAAGAAAGGCUUCCAACCCAACAUGAAUGUGGAGGGCAUUUUCUAUGUCAAUGAUCACUUGGAAAAGCUGAUGUUUGAAGAGCUGAGGAACUCCUGCCGGCCAGGGUCUGUUGGGGGCUUUCUGCCAGGCAUGAAACAAAUAGCUAAUGUUGCAGCACUUCCAGGCAUUGUGGGCAAGUCUGUUGGCUUGCCUGAUGUACAUUCAGGUUAUGGAUUUGCAAUUGGUAAUAUGGCAGCCUUUGAUAUGGAUAACCCCCAAGCUGUUGUCUCUCCGGGGGGUGUCGGAUUUGAUAUUAACUGUGGGGUGCGUUUGCUGAGGACCAACCUUACCGAGGCUGAUGUCACUCCCAUUAAGGAGCGGUUGGCUCAAUCUAUGUUUGAUCAUAUUCCUGUUGGUGUUGGUUCCAAGGGCAUCAUUCCCAUGACUGCACGGGACUUAGAGGAGGCUUUAGAAAUGGGUAUGGACUGGUCUCUAAGAGAAGGAUACAUCUGGGCUGAAGACAAGGAGCACUGUGAAGAAUAUGGACGCAUGGCCCAGGCUGACCCAGCCAAAGUGUCCAUGAGGGCCAAAAAAAGAGGUCUCCCUCAGUUGGGAACACUGGGAGCAGGAAACCAUUAUGCAGAGAUCCAAGUGGUGGAUGAAAUUUAUGAUAAAUGGGCUGCUAGCAAGAUGGGCAUAGAAGAAAAGGGACAAGUGUGUGUGAUGAUUCACUCUGGCUCUCGUGGAUUUGGUCACCAGGUUGCUACAGAUGCUCUUGUUGCAAUGGAGAAGGCUAUGAAGAGAGAUGAAAUUGAAACUAAUGAUCGGCAACUUGCCUGUGCCAGGAUAAAGUCUGAAGAAGGUCAGAAUUAUCUCAAGUCCAUGGCUGCUGCUGCUAAUUUUGCUUGGGUUAAUCGUUCCUCCAUGACCUUCCUUAGUAGACAGGCUUUUGCCAAGCAAUUCCAAAUGAGUCCAGAUGACUUGGACAUGCAUGUGAUCUAUGACGUCUCACACAAUAUUGCCAAAAUUGAGCAGCAUUGGAUUGAUGGAAAACUCCGUACUCUGUUAGUUCAUCGAAAGGGUUCAACGAGAGCCUUUCCCCCACACCAUCCCCUCAUACCUGUCGAUUAUCAAUUGACUGGACAACCCGUUCUCAUUGGUGGCACAAUGGGUACCUGUUCCUAUGUGUUAACUGGAACUGAGCAAGGCAUGACAGAGACCUUUGGUUCUACUUGCCAUGGAGCAGGUCGAGCACUGUCACGAGCUAAAUCCCGGCGUAAUUUAGAUUAUGCAGAUGUUUUGGUGAAACUACAAGAGCAAGGAAUAAGCAUCAGGGUGGCCUCCCCAAAGCUAGUAAUGGAAGAGGCUCCAGAGUCGUAUAAAAAUGUUACUGAUGUAGUUGACACAUGUCAUGCUGCUGGUAUUAGUAAGAAAUGCAUUAAGUUACGACCUAUAGCUGUCAUUAAGGGAUAACUUAAAAUAUUUUAGUCUCAAUCAAAUAUUGCUUGUGUAACCUUUUAUAAUAAUCAUCAGACAACCUUCCAUAACUGAAUGCAAUACAUCCCAGGUUCCAUAAUAAAUGCAUCAUCAAAUUCUUAGGUAUCACAUCAUUGAUGCAGAACUAAAUUGAAAUGUACACAGUUUCUUCUACUAUACCAUGUUGAUUUUGGAGAACAAUCCUGUGAACCAUAAUUGAAAUGCUUUGGUAAGGAGAAUGAGAGGAGUGGCAUGCAAGGAGGUAAUGCAAAGACAGGAAUAAAAGAUGGCUUGUUAUGGCUAUCCCCUGAGAGUUCUUAGGUAUAGACCACAGUUAUGCAAAAAGAUUAAGCAGCUCAUAAAAUUACUGUUUCCACAGAGAAAAGAAAAUAUUCCAGUUUGUUGUCUUUGAUCACAUAAAAAAAUGUUCAUUCUACAUUUGUUGUCAAUGAGUAGAAUAAAUCAAUAUUAAUGGCUGGUGAUGAAGAGAUACUACAUAAAUAAGAGUAACAGAAGCAUACUUAACAUUUCAGAAACACUUGUCUAGUUUAGAUGGAAUGAAAUAAAAUGCUGGAGUAAUCCUUGCUUCACAUGAACACCGGUGACCUGAAAGUAACAAAAAUUAGUCAAACAAAUUAUCGACAUUCAAUAGCUUGUUUCUCCUCCCUCCCUCUCUCUUGCAACUAACUUUCCAACACAUGUGAAAUAGAACAGCUCUUUUAAACAUAUUAAACAUUUACAGUAAAUUAAACAAUGGAAUAAUCUUUCAGCCAUUAAAAUACUAGAUCAGCAUCAACAUAAUUGCACACCAAUCUCCAUUAUCAUGAGAACAGUAACAAAUGAGCACGACAGUUGAUCUGUUCAACAUACUUCCUUGCUGGACAUUUUCAUACUGGUGUUCACAGUGCUCUAUUUCCCAAUGAAGCAAGAGCUAUCAAGAACAAAAAUUUAAUCAAAUUCCUACAAAUUCUAAAUAAUAAUAAAAAAAAAAAAAUAAAAUAAAAAAAAAAACUAACCAUACAACUUCUAUACAAAGCUCUUGCAUUUGUAAAGUUCAGAAUCAUCAAACUGUAUCGGAGUAUUGGGUUGAGUAGUAUAUUUUUGUUGUCCUGCUUCAUGUACACACUAAUGCCAGCAAGCAAUGAUAAUUUUAUUAAUUUCUAAACAAACAAUAUUUUUCAAGAUUGUUUACAGUUACAUGGAUGAACUCAGGAUUACUCAAAGGAUAACCUUACUAGAAAGAGUAGGAAUGUGAUGUGAUUAAAAAUCAUAUUUUCCACAUGCAUGUCAUCUGAUGCCAAUAAACCUAAAUGUUUUUUCUC